GGGCUUCUUCCUCAUGAACCCUCUCUGCUCGGAGUCGACACCUCAGGUCACACUCCGGCCUCCCAGGUUCCCCCCCGCCGUCCACCAUGAUCCUCUACCUGCUCCUUCCUCUUCUGAUCGCAGGCGUUAAAUCACAAAGUGCCAACGUGACGGUGGAAGAGCGGAGCGGAGCCGAGAGGAAUCAAACCUUCGGUGUCUCAACCAACGAAAAUGUGACGUCCAGUUUUCCCCCAGAGGAGAGUCUCAUCGAGGAGGAGCUGGAAAAUAAAAACCUGACAUUCAUCACAGAGGAGGACGAGAGUUUUCAGGACCCGGGGUCUGCUCACAGACACUGUGAUCACCCCCUGCUGGUAAACGCCAGUCACAGCUACUGUGGAGAAGCUUUUCACGAAGAGAUGUUCAGCAUCAGCUCGGAGAACUGGUGCCACCUGGAGCACAUCACCAGGCCGUACAGCGUACUCACGCGGUGCCUGGAGCUGCUGUCAAACUAUUGCGGCUGCUUUUAUCCAAACCAGGACACGCAAGACUUCUUCAUCUCCAUCCACGACCAGUACUUCCACAACUGCAGCAACGAGGAGCUGGUGUUCGAGGAGGCGCCGCACUGGCUGGUGAUGGUGCUCACGCUCAUCCCCGUCAGCAUCAUCCCCCUGCUCGUCUACCUGGUGGUGUGGAAGAGCAAAGUCCAGGAGUGAGACGCUUUCACCUCCACCUCACUGAGAAUCUGCUGUGAGUUUGAAACCUGGUUAAAUAAACAGUUAAUCUUUUAAAA